AACUCAGUCGAUGACAGUCGGCCAGGCACGCAAGUCGCUUCAGCCAACGCUUCAGGAACAGCAGCAGCAGCAGCAGCAGCAGUCGCAGUAGCAGAGCAGCAGUCGCAGCAGCAACAGUCAAAGCCAAACUACAAGUCGUGUCGUGUGACAAGCUUCAGCAGCAGCUUAACCGUUACUUUUGGUUCGUGUUUCGGAAGAGUCGCUUGAAAUUCGAAGAGAUUGCUUAAAGUCGUGCGUCGUUUUUUUUUUUUUUUUUAAUCGCUUCUAUGCCUUUUUAUGUUGCAAAUUUUAAUCUAAUUUCAUUCGCAUUUUUCUUUGUGUGCACUAUUCGCGCGUCUUUCUUCUUCUUCAGUUCUUUGAGCAAUUGAGCUUGUACCGCGCGGUAACGAUAAAGAUUGAGAAGAAGAGCUUAAACCCAAAAACACAAUAAACUGAUACAGGACAUCGUCUAUUUGCGAGGGUUUCGCGCAAAUAAAGCGUAAAUAUAUCUAAAUCAAUUAAACGGAAAAUAGACGCAGCGAAGCUAAGAUCUUCGGGCUCCUGUUGAGGCAGACGGUUUCCACUUAAACGUCCGAAUGAGUAACAGCGCUAUGGUGGCCGUGGCCAUUUGCUGCAUCUUGGUGCUCCUGGCGGUAUUCAUUGUCAUCAUCAUAGUGGUGGGGCAGCAGUUCGAGGAGCCCAAAUGAGACAUGCUCCAGCUGGGACCUGGCAACUUCCCAGAUGGAUAACACAGAUCGACAAACUGUUAAUUGUCAUGGCACCAACCAGUGCCAACCAUCAACAAAAACAACUACAACAAAAACAUGAUGAAGAGGAGAAGCUGAUGCAUUAUACCGCCGUCGUCCAUCGAUGUCCACAUUACCAACCAUACGAGUCACAUCUAGAAUCCAAGGUCAUCCCAUAUGAGGCGAAUGGGCUAGAGAAUGAGAGAAUCGUCAGAGAUCGAAGGAGAGCGCUACAGCGCUAUUAAUCGAAGAAGAAGAAGUAGAAGUAAAAGUAAAAGUAAAAGUAGAAGAAGAAGAAGACAUCCCAACGUCAGUACCCAUUGGCUGUGAUGUGAAGUUUUUAGACAAAUUAAAAAUCAACAAAAUUUGGAUCAUUCCUCAUGCCGCAAAACACAUCUAUAAGUAGACGUUUACCUUGUGUGUUUGUUAAAUGUUGUUAUGAGCAAAUCAAUAUUAAAAAACCCUAUAUACAUGUUUACAUAAUUUAUAAUAAUAUGUAUAUACAUAUACAUAGUUAUGGGUAACCCAACCGUCGUAACAUCGCGAUUUUAUACAAGUGUUGUUAACAAAUUUUUAUUGAUGUUUUAUUGAUGUUGCAUUCAACUAAAUACACACAAAGACACUUGAACAGUUGCAGACAAACACACUCACAAACACAUACACUCAAGCCAAGUAAAAAUGUAAGCAAAAUAAAUUUAUAUAAACGUCUCAAUUGACAACUAUGCCAAAGUCUAAGCACGCAACAUGUGGCCAGGCUGGAUGCUGGACAACAAAA